GAAUCAUACAAGAAAAGAGAAAAACAUGUAAAAAAGGCUGACACAGAGAAAGCAUGUGAUGUCCCUCAUCCAAAUGAUUCAGAGAAUAAUACAAAGAUUCCGUGCAUGCAUUGCACUGCAUUUCUUUCAUCUCAUUCCAAUCUGAGACGCCACAUCCGUGACCUUCACAACCGUCCGACAAUCCCAAUGAUGUGCAUUGACCCUGACAAGGGCAUUUACGUCACACCAAGAUAUGAUUCAGGCCCUCUUUUCCCGAUUCAUGUCAUCAAGUCUACCAGCAUACCGAUCAUUGAUUGUGAAGUUUCAUUGUGUCGGAAAUUGAUGGACGUUGCUAAAGCUUCAGGGAAUCCAGGGAAAGAGUGUGUUCACCUGGAAAGGGUCAAGUAUGCCGAUCCAUACAUCCCCCCAGAAUCUGUGAAAAACGAUUCGCUGCAGGAAAUGUUGGACAAGGGACUAAUCUCCACUGAAUGGAGUGAGCGGUGCGAGGAGUUGCACACCGCCGCAGCCAACAGAGGAACUGAAAGCAUCAACCCCAUCCUUUAUGGACUUGCUGGAUUUUCAAAAAGGUGGCUAUUUUUUUCCAUCUUCACUAACAAAAAGGACAACUGGUGUCGGUUUGAACGCACGAUGGUGAGCUUUGACUCUGUAGCGGGUCAGUGGCAUUGUCCCUGUCGAGAGAGGGGACAAUCCCACCGCUGUGUCCAUCACAUGAUGGCCAUGUGGUGGAUCUUUCAGGAGUAUCCAAAUGUUCUCAGUAACUGUGAUACCCAGCCAGAAGACAUUGAAGACAUGGAAAGUGAGCUCCUCGACGCAGAGCUGCCACUAACAUCAUACCAUGUCAAUGACCAGAGAGUCCUCGUUAUGACAGAGUACUUGGCCCAAUCCAAGAAAAUACCUGCGUUGCAUAACAUCUCCGUUGAACUGCGCACAAAAGAAAAACCACCACCCAAGUGCUUCAUUCCGAGUGAGCUUAGUUGUCCCUAUUGCCCUGGACCAACACCCCCAGGUCUGAUAGAGGAAACAAUAAUAACACAAGCCACCGUUUAUGGAUAUACCUACAUUGAAAAAGGUGUCUCUGUUGCCAUAAAGAAGUGCCCUGUUUGCGGAAAUCAUGUUCGUUUCCAAGACUACACAUCCGGGUUCCACAAUUUCAACAACCGGGUGUUGCUGACUCUUCCACUAUGUGCACUCCUGCUCUCUGCUUUGGCUAACAAGACAGCCUGUGGACGCAUGUUGGACACCAUCAAUCUAUUUAACAGAAACACAUACCACCACCAGACAGUACGCCAGGCCUUCCAUCACUUCCUUUCCCUUACGGACUUUGAAUUUAAGUUCUCUUGCCACCAAUGUGGCCAUAAUCCUCCGGUUAUUAUUGCUGAUGCCAACUGGAAAGUGGCUUUUGAUGUGCCAGUUGGGACAUUCAAGAGGCCGGAACUGGACACUGUGACAGACACAGACCUCAAUAUGGAUAUUGAGAAAACGUGGGCAGACCUGGACAAGGAGAUGAUUGCUGAAGGCUUCACGUCAGUAAACCCAUACAGGUCCUUGCUUUCAUAUUCCACAUUGGCUCCAUGGAUGGGAAAGGACACGCGUGCUGGAAGCAUUCUCCCCAAGACUGAGUUGAAAAAGGGGUUAAAGAAAAGGUCAGGAGAGACCAUGGUGUCCAACCAAAAAGUGGAUGAAGACAUCAUACAUGCACUUCUUGAGUCUAAAAAGCCACAAAAGAAAGAACUACAAGAUGCCUGUGUGGCACUCGGCGUCACUUCUGAGGGCUCCAUCAGCGACCUUAUCAACCGACUGGAAGAGCUGCUGAAUUUCAAGGAGCUUUAUCCAAAGCUCUUUGUAAAACUACAAAAAACAGGAGGUGGUAUUUUACACUUUUCCUGUACACAUGGAGUUGUGUACUACGUGAACUUUCUAUUUUGGGGAGAAUCGGCCAGAGAUCACGUAGAUGGGCUCCUAAGCUUUAAGAGUUUCCCAACUGUUUAUAUCUCCGAUGUGGCGGGCCAGGUUUCACGCCACAUGAACAAUAGAACCCAACAGAGGUUCUUUCAGCCCCACGAUGGUCGGCUUUGUGCACCGUCACAGUCAAACAUUAGUGCAGCAGGGGAAAAUAAACUUGAAGUGGACCUCGAGUGGAUCAACAAUCUCAGGUCUCCGGGGUCACCACUGAAACCGGUCCCAGGAGCGGACAGGUUCACCGCGUUACAUUCAAUAACAAGAACCAACAAGAGGUAUUCCCUCUAUGACCGGUUCCAUCAGAAAAACCAACGCAGACCGGAGGAGAAACUGAGGAGUCUAAACAUCUGCCCCGCUUUACGCACAGAGGUGAACUCCUCAGUGGCCGAACAGUUCAACCAUGAGCUGGGAGCCUUUCGUUACUCUCUCUGCCGAAUGAAGGAGGCUCACUUCAAACAGACCGUUAGAGUCCUCAUUGAAUUGCACAACGAAAACAUUAACAAUCGCUUCCUUCAGAAAAUGACGGCCAUAAGCAGCACGCCGCUGGCAGUAGGUCAGUACGGAAGGUUGGUGCUGGAUUCUUCCGUAAAGCAAACAGCCACUGGACCACAUGUGGCACCAAAGUCUGCCACGGACCAGGGGAGGGCCUUCUCAGCCCACAGGUUCAGCAUUGGUGUUACGGACAAGGAGAAGUUAAGGACGCUCCUCACGGGCUCGCGUGAUGAAAGGCGGGUGUUGGCCAACAUCAAACAAAGAUAUCCGUUGUGCAUACGGGACAUCCGCAGUGUCUGCCCCGUGGCGCUGUUGGGCAAAGCGGCACAGGAUAUGCCAUGGCUCACUGAUGAUGCAAGUUAUACAAUAGUUUAUCAAAUGACAAUAAUGUACAGUGCUUAA